AUGCUUACUCGCUCACUAAUGCUACUGAGUGCCAUUGGGUACUGUGCACUCGCUGGGAAAGCGGGACCACUCAAAGGAGGAUCUGGUGUCUCGCCCCGUCAGCUCGACGAUUGUUUAACUCCAGGAUGGAUUCCAGUAUGCCCUGGCGAUCUUCCAUGUAUCCCACCUUCGGGUACAUGCUGCACAGGCGACUACUAUCAUCUACCAGGCGAGGAAUGCCCUGAAGGAUACUCCGAAGUCCCCCGCAUCGAUCAACCCAGUUCACCUUCUGUUUCCAUCACGCCAGCCCCCUCCGCCACUUCAAUCCCAGAUCCAGUCGUCGUCGACUACUCAUGGUAUACUUACUCAUAUACCUACUACUACUACUAUUACUACUACUAUUAUUUCGACGCCACUUACGAGAUUACAUCUACUGAGACGACAUACUACACAACCUUCUCGUUCACAGCGACGGAUGAUGCGGCCGCAAGCUCUGUGUACGAGUCUUUCACCGCUGCUUUCGUUGAAGCGAUUCCUACACAGUCAGAGACGCCUACGCUUGGCUCUGUUCCAGCUUCGAGUGCAACUUUGGGACCAGUAUCAACAUCCAUAGUUACGCCGUCGUCAACGAGGGUGAUUACUUCUUCUAGGGCGUCGACGUCCUCGGAGGAUGCUACCUCAACUGUCGAAAGUACUUCGUCUAGUGCUACCCUAACCCAGUUCACCGGAGCUGCCACCAGCCUACGUGCUGGAAGUGUUAUAGUGCCUGGAAACGUCUUCGCAUUCACACUUGGAGCCUUCAUCUUGACUCCGGGUAGCUUACAGACUUGGAGGGUAGAUCAGGGCCACCGUGGUGUUCGCAAUACUGGUCUGACACGCAACAGCGUCUGCUCGAUCAAUAUGCGUCUUCUCGAACUUCUCCCUGUCGGCCUGAGCUUGGCACAAUGGUCAACAGCUGCAGCGUUGCCUUCAUCCACAGGGUUGGAAACAUGCAAAAACCCACCUAAAAGGGUAGAGUGGAGACAGCUAUCAGUGCCACAGAAGAAAUCAUACAUCGAUGCGGUCCUGUGCUUGUCGCAUACGGAGGCCAAAUCUGGUCUCUCAGGCACCGUGAACCGAUUCGAUGAUCACCAAGCCGUCCAUAUGCUACAAAAGCCUCAGAUCCACUGGGUGGGACAUUUUCUCUUGUGGCACCGUUACUUCGUUGCAACCUACGAAAAGGCCUUGAGAGACGAAUGCGGAUACACCGGAGGCCAGCCAUACUGGGACUGGUCCCUGGAUGCUGAACCUCGAAAUGAAAACUCUACCCAUGCCUUUGAGUCUGACAUCUUUGACCCUGAGACAGGAUUCGGUGGCAACGGCUAUCCUGUCCAAGCUACGCCGGAACAGAACCGCUUAAACAUUACAGGCAAUACUGGUGGAGGCUGUGUGAUGAACGGGCCAUUCGCCCCUCCUCACUUUGCCGUAAAUGUGCCCACUCCGCAUUGCUUGAAACGUGACUUUGUUCCAUGGAUCAUCAACAGGUUUGCAGAUCGUAAUCUGGUCGAAGAAGUCCUGGCACAGCCCGAUUACACCAGUCUUGCAAGAACAGUUGAGAAGAAGCAAAGCUUCGAUCCUCCAAACAUCCAUGCCAGCGGUCACUUCGGUGUUGGUGGCAUCCUAGGGACCAUGGGAAACGCAGCGGAGAGCCCUGGUGAUCCACUCUUCUAUCUUCAUCAUGGAAACAUUGACCGCAUCUUUUGGGAAUGGCAACAGAAGGAUCUCGAGACACGUCUGAACCAAGUCGGUGGUCCCAUUACACCCUUUGAUUACAGUGGUAAGAAUGUUACACUGGACUUCACCAUCAACAUUGGGGCGCUAGCAGGCGAUGCCACGCUCAAGGAUUUGCUGGAUACCGAAGGCGGAACGCUUUGCUACACUUAUUAG